AUGACCGACCGAUCUCACAGGCGGCGCUCGGGCGUGUGGAGUAGCCAUCAGCCAGAGGCCGGCGAUGCCAUGGCCGUAGAGAAGGAGAGCAGGCGCAACAGGUGGACCCAGGACCAGCAGCGCAAGGAGCCCACGCUGUAUGAUGAGUGGCUGUCGCAGGAGAAGAAACAAGACAGGCCCGUACAACCCGACUCCUCCUCGACACAGCGCACCGUCGAGCGACGUCCUUCAAUGCCCCUGCGCCAGAGUAGCACCACAGCAAGCGGCACCACCAUUCGACCGGUAACACCCGACCAACACCAAGGCGACGGCUUGGGAAUGGAGCACAGCACCCUGCCCGAGAGCACCACCAUGAGUUUCGAGCGCGUCUUCAUUCCGCACACCACGACUACAAUUACCGCCGGCCCCGCCGCCAGAGACAGUCCCAGCAACUCGAGCAGGAGCCGCACGCGCGCCAGAGACCGCGACCACCGCGAGCGAGAGACGUGGUCGAGCCAGGCCAGCAGCCCACCGAGCAGCAGGAACGGCAGCCUGAGCGUUUCCAAUUCCUCCCACUUUAGCCACAGCGAGAGCAGAAGCAAUGGGCAGGGCGGCAUGCCGGAUAUCGACAUGGCACACAGACCACGCACUCGCACGUUGGAAGAUCGGACCAGGCGAGAGCAGUCGCCCACUGCGUUGCUUGCCAAGAACAGAAAUCGAAUCGGCAGCGUGCAUGCGCCCUCGUCACCCAAAUACCAGGGCGGAGCGGAGUAUCUGGCGUCGGUGCCGGUUUCAGUAGAGCAGCCAGUUGCUCCCUCAAUAUCCUCACUCGGUUCACCCGUUCAGCCUCCUCAGGAGGUGCACGCCGCCCACCGCUCGAUCUCGCCCAUUUCUACCAGCACCAUCGACUCCAUCACUUCGGCACUGCCGAGUGCCAAUGCGAGGCGAAUACUGCAUUUGAUGAAGACGUUGAAUGGCCGAAUGAGCGGGAAUGUUGUUUUUCGCCGCGGGUUCGGCAAUCCUUGGUCACAAAGUUACUGCUACAUUCACGAAGAAAGCGGAAGCUUGAUGUAUGAAUCAAGAGGCAGUGAAGGCGCGCACAAGACUUUGAUAUCUGACUUGCGAGGUUCAAGAGUUCGCUCGAGCGUCGACGGUGACGUACCUUAUCUGGAGGUCUCUUUCCCCUAUACGUCGGAUGAGGUUCAUAUCAAACUCCAAACGCAAUCCGACUUUGACGCAUGGUUUGCGGCGCUACUUCACUGGCAGCCGCGGGACACAUACUCCAUCUCGAGUAAUGAGCCACGGCCGGAUUCAGAAAUGGGGUCCAAACCUUCCACCAUAGCGGAACACUCGAAACGAAGGGCAUCAGUCAACAAUCCCGUGCACAGGCAGAGUCGAGACCGUGCUGCGAGCGACCGUAGCAACAAAAGCGAUCGGCGAAAAUCAGUGAUCGCCGCGAUGCCCAAAGAAAACCCUGUCAUUAAGAUAGGAAAGAUGAUAUACUGGGACACCAACGUCGGGUAUAGCAAUACCACCGCGACCGCCGUUGGCCAGCCUUCCACCCGACCCAACACCUACAGAAUGCAAAGCGUGGGUGCACGACGAUGGAGGAGAAUCAGUGGCCAGCUGCGCGAGAAUGGCGAACUGAAACUGCAUUCCGAUGCCGACAAUUCCUUGAUUUCGGUCGUACAGCUGAGCCAACUGAGCCGGUGUGCCAUACAACGACUGGAUCGCAGCGUGCUGGAAAACGACUUUUGCAUCGCGAUCUACCCUCAGUACACCUCGAGCUACACCCACGCCCAGCCUGGAUUCAUACGGCCCAUAUUUUUAAGUCUUGAAAGUAGGGUACUGUACGAAGUUUGGUUUGUCCUGCUUCGUGCUUUUACUAUGCCCUCGAUAUACGGCCCGCGGUUGGAUGCAGAGCUCGAGGGUGCUGAGUUGAACGGGAAUCGCGACUUGGAGAGUAUGAUUGCGACCAGCACGACGUACACAUUCCGAAUGGAGCGCAGUCUGAGUGUGAGGGUUGUUGAGGCGAAGAUGCAACCCCCAAACGCGAGCACCUCACACAGUGAAAGUGGCUUCAGUGGUGGCUACAAUCGACAACAAGCGACAUCAGGGCAGGACAAGAACGGCUACUAUGCCGAAGUGCUCCUUGACAACGAGACGCGAGGCAAGACGGUCGUCAAGUUCGAAGGCUUAAAUCCUCUCUGGGGCGAGAGCUUCGAGUUUCAAGACCUGCCGCCCGUCCUCAACAACGCAAGUGUCAUUGUGAAACGGCGGCCUCCAGAGCAGGCAAACAUCCCAGGACAGUACGACAGCCGACAUGUCCACGAAACAUACAAUGAACAGCAGGGUGGCUUCACCAACCUUGCAUUCGACGUCACCUGCGGAAAGGUUGAGAUCCAGAUGGAGGAACUCGAGCCAGAGAAAGAGGUAGAGAAGUGGUGGCCGGUUACAAACAUGCAUGGACAGAAAGUCGGCGAAAUCCUCGUAAAGAUACGAGCAGAUGAAGGCAUCAUCUUGAUGGCGCGCGACUACCGACAACUGAGCGACAUAUUGCAUCGAUUUUCGAACGGUUUGACAUUGCAGAUUGCACAAAUGAUACCCAGCGAGCUCAAGCGGCUUAGCGACAGCUUGCUCAACAUCUUCCAGGUUUCAGGGAAAGCGGGCGAUUGGAUUAUGGCGUUGGUAGAAGAGGAGAUUGAUGGCAUACACAAAGAGACCCCGAUUACACGACUGCGGUAUAGCAGGCGAGUGGGCUCGAACGAUACUAACGACCCUCUUGGCAGUGGUGCUGGGAAUAGCGAUCGCGAGUUGAUUGUUCGCGACAUGAAUAAGAACGCCACGUUGGAGGCGAACUUGCUCUUCCGUGGCAACACCUUGUUGACGAAGAGUCUCGACACGCACAUGCGACGGGUUGGCAAGGAGUAUCUGGAGGAGUCUCUUGCUGCCAAGCUUCAAGAGAUCAACGACAAGGACGCCGACUGCGAAGUUGACCCGAAUCGCGUGAGCUCUUCGCACGAAGUUGAGCGCAAUUGGCGCAGGCUUUUACUCUUCACUCAAGAGGUUUGGAAGGCAAUCGUGGCGAACAAGUCUCGAUGUCCUAUUGAGCUGCGGAUCAUCUUUCGACAUAUUCGUGCUUGCGCGGAGGAUCGAUAUGGUGACUUCUUGCGGAGUGUGAGCUACAGCAGUGUUUCUGGAUUCUUGUUCUUGCGGUUCUUUUGUCCGGCGGUCUUGAAUCCGAAGCUAUUUGGUCUUAUUAUAGACGACAUCAAACCUCGCGCACGAAGAGCAUUCACCUUGAUUGCAAAGUCACUGCAGACGAUGGCCAACAUGGCCUCAUUUGGAACGAAAGAGCCUUGGAUGGAGCCCAUGAACGCCUUCCUCGUUCAGCACCGUGAGAGUUUCAAGUCAUUCAUCGACGACGUCUGUUAUGUGCCAGCACCAAUCUCGACUUCGACAACAUUUGGGCCAAACUCGCCGACAUCACCGACAUAUGGACCUGGUGUGGUUAGUGCAGAGCAGCACUUGAGCUAUACCACGCCAAUGACGAUUAUGCAACGAUUACCACCUAGUAGUCGAGAGGGCUUCCCAAGUCUACCUUAUCUGAUUGAUCAGGCACGAUCUUUCGCGGAUCUCAUCCAUCUCUGGCUCGAGGCGACCAGCGCGCUAUCCAACAAAGACGACUCUGCUGCUCUGCCGGGCAAAACACAUCACGAUGUCCUUGCCGCCAUUGAGCAGUCAGAAAGCGAUUUGAAGGAGUUUCACCAGCUCUGUGAAGAGCUCAACUCAAGGACGCAGGAGUGCUUGAACCGUGCUGAACGGGCUGAGCGGCCUGACAGUCCUCACAGUUUCCAAUGGGAGGACGUCAUCAAUCAAUUGCAAAAAGGCGACAUCAAAAGUCCUGGAGGGACGGUCAGAGAUCCUUUCGACGUUGUGGCAGACAAGAUCGCCAGCGAUCCGUCAAUACUGCCGGAAGAUGCUAACCCCGCGAUCGAGGCCACACUGGCGCAGCUGAGAGGCCAGUCAGACGACACGGACGACGAACAUGGCCGUUUUGACGGUACGUCUCUCCAGUCUGAAUCGAAUUUGACAUGGGACAUUCCCUCUGGCAGCAUCAGGACCACCAAAGGCGACUGGCAACCCGUACGCCCAGGAUCUUCAAGCUUGGCUGGCAGCUACCAGAACCGCAACUACCCACAAAGUGUCGGGUCACCCGUCGCCUCCGCGAGCGCCAGCGUCAGCAACGUCUCGAGCGCCGUGAGCAGCGACACGGAGCACACGACGGGCACGACGGCGCUCCCGAGCUACGACAAGGAAAUCCGGCACCGCGAACGAAGGGAAAUGGCCCGAUUGGAGAUCCAAAAACAAAUGGAGGCCGCGCGAGUCAAAGAGAAAGAAAAGAAGAAAGUCACGAAUAAGCUUGUGCCGGCUUUGAAGCGGAGGAACAAAGACAAGGCUGUUGAGAAAGACAGCAGUGCUGCUGCGACCGCGACCUCGACCCCGAAGGCGAAUGGCGGCAGUAAGACUUCUCAGGAUAGUGGGGGCAGGGAUCACGGUAUGAUUUGA